AUGAGCACCAAUGCAGAGAGGAAGUUUAUCAACCUUCGGAAACGUCUGGAUCAGCUGGGAUACAGACAGCCAUUAGGAAUCGAGACCCUGCCACUGGUGGAAAAAUUAUUCAGGUAAAGACAUAUUAACCUCUGAGACCAUGAUAGUCAAUUACCGGUUAUAUAGAGAGAUACUGUAUAUUAACAUGUUGUUGCUUCCCAUGUUACUCUGAAUGAGGUUUGUGUGUUUCUGCCUAUAUUGCAGUGAUCUGGUCCACACCACUGAAAGUCUGCGCAAUGCCAAGCUCAAUGCAGGGAAGACUGAAAAAGAAAGCCGUAAUCUAGAUGCCCUCCUGGAGCCAUACAAGACGGAGAAUGCCCGGCUGGUCCGGGAGAACAACGAGCUGCACCUUGGGCUCCUCAAGCUCAGGGAGGAGAAAGACCGAGUAAGCAGAGGUAUAAGUCCACACAAUAUCAUUCAGUGAAGCAGCAGUCCAUUCCUAUAUGAAUCCCACUGUCCUCUCAUAACAGAAAUAACCGGUCUAACCCAUUCAUUUUAACUAAUUCUGUUAUCAAUGGCAAUACAUAUAUUUUGAUAUGAAACGUGUCACUGCCCUUUGUCUCAGAGCUCAAAGCCUACAUCAGAAAGCUGGACCAUGAGACAUCAGACCUGAAGUUCCUAAACAACCAGUAUGUGCACAAGGUCCGCUCCCUGGAGAAGGACAGCAAGGCCAAAACGGAGCGCAUUCAGCAGCUGCAGGAGAAGAACAUGCAGGCUGUGGUGCAGACACCAGGUAGGACAUAGACCCAACAUCCACUGGCAUACACCUCAUACUUCUUACUCACCCACAAGUUAUUCACUCAAGUUCUUAAGCUAGAGCACCGCUACAUGCCCUGUUUUUCUAACAUGUGUACAUCCAGUCUCUAUCCAACCACACACCAGUUGACCAGGAUGUUUCCCUUAAUGUUCCAUGCUGAUUUGACAGGAGGGAAAAAGCACAGCAUUCCUUUCAGACGUCAACGGAUGCAGAUUGAUGAGCUCAUCCCGCCCUCCUCUGGCCCCACUCAACCUGUGGCGCAGCCUGAUGAUCCAUACAUCGCAGAUCUUCUGCAGGUGGCAGAUGACAGGUGGGAUCCUCCUUGUAGCUGUUUAAUUACUUGCAAGCAAUUAAUUUAGUAUUUUAUUAAUCAUAUUAACAAAGUAAAAAUAAAUAAUAUGGUAAUGCAAUUCACAUCAAGAUGCAUCAAAGGGAUAUUUGCACAAUUACUCAACAACAACACUAAAAUAAAGUGCAAAUGCAUGUGAAAUCAAUAUGUAAACAUGGCUCAGACAUUGUAUAGGCUUAUGCUAUAAUGUCUUCUUACAAAGAGAAAAAGAUGUGCACUUGUGACUCUCAUAAAGGGGGCGUGUCUGUAGCGCAGUACUUCUUAUCUCCCACUCAGGGGUAUUUUUUAUUUUUUUUAUUUAACCUUUAUUUAACCAGGUAAGCAGUUGAGAACAAGUUCUCAUUUACAACUGCGACCUGGCCAAGAUAAAGCAAAGCAGUGCGAUUUAAAAACAACAACACAGAGUUACAUAUGGGGUAAAACAAAACAUAAAGUCAAAAAUACAACAGAAAAUAUAAAAUAUAUAUACAGUGUGUGCAAAAGUAGCAAGUUAUGGAGGUAAGGCAAUAAAUAGGCCAUAGUGCAAAAUAAUUACAAUUAGUAUUAACACUGGAAUGAUAGAUAGAUGUACAAGAGAUGAUGUGCAAAUAGAGAUACUGGGGUACAAAGGAGCAAAAUAAAUAACAAUAUGGGAAUGAGGUAGUUGGGUGGGCUAAUUUAAUGUGGCUGUCAAUUAAGUAGCUCUCUGUAUCCCUGGAGGUCCAUCCAUCUGUAGGAAGUGCAACACAGGGUGCAUUGGCCAAGUCAUUGAUAACUUUGGCUUUGGCUUGCUUUAUAGGCUAUUGAGUGUGUAAUACCUUUUUGCUGAAAUGGGUGCUAGAGGGAAGUUCAUAUUCUCAACCAUCGAGAAUGGCCGCAUAUCCGCGGCUAUAAACAUACCUAUCGCUCUUGUAAUAGCCUGAAUUGUUUUAAUUUUUCAGCAGAGAUUUACUCGAGGCAUACAAAGCAGCACAUUUGACUCUCUCUCUAUCUAAUCUAUUGAUCGUGUCCAAAACAUUAAGAACACCUUCCUAAUAUUGAGUUGCCCUCAGAACAGACUCAAUUCUUUGAGGCAUGGACUCUACAAGGUGUCGAAAGUGUUCCACAGGGAUGCCGGCCCAUAUUGACUCCAAUGCUUCCCACAGUUGUAUCAAGUUGGCUGGAUGUCCUUUGGGUGGUGGACCAUUCUUGAUACACACGGGAAACUAUUGUUUGAAAAACCCAGCAGCGUUGCAGUUCUUGACACAAAUCGGUGUGUCUGGCACCUACUACUAUACCCAGUUCAAAGGCACUUCAAUCCUUUGUCUUGCCCAUUCACCCUAUGAAUGGCACACAUACACAAUCCAUGUCUCAAGGCUUAAAAAUCCUUCUUUAACCUGGCUCCUCCCGUUCAUCUACACUGAUUGAAGUGGAUCUAACAAGUGAUAUAAAUAAGGGAUCAUAGCUUUCACCUGGAUUCACGUGGUCAGUCUAUGUCAUGGAAAAAGUGUUUGUGUGUGUACAGUGCAUUCGGAAAGUAUUCAGACCCCUUGACUUUUUCCACAUUUUGUUACGUUACAGCCUUAUUCUUAAAUAGAUUAAAUCGUUUUUACCCCUCUCUAAUCUACACACAAUACCCCAUAAUGACAAAGCAAAAACAGGUUUUUAGAGUUUAUUGCCAAAAAACUGAAAUAUCACAUUUACAUAAGUAUUCAGACCCUUUACUCAGUACUUUGUUGAGGAACCUUUAGCAGUGAUUAUAGCCUCGUCUUCUUGGGUAUGACACUAUAAGCUUGGCACACCUGUAUUUGGGGAGUUUCUCCCAUUCUUCUCUGCAGAUCCUCUCAAGCACUGUCAGGUUGGAUGGGGAGCGUCGCUGCACAGCUAUUUUCAGGUCUCUCCAGAGUCUGAAUGCCACUCAAGGACAUUCAGACUUGUCCCGAAGCCACUCCUGCAUUGUCUUGGCUGUGUGCUUAGGGUCGUUGUCCUGUUGGAAGGUGAACCUUCGCCCCAAUCUGAGGUCCUGAGCGCUCAGGAGCAGGUUUUCAUCAAGGAUCUGUCUGUACUUUGCUCCGUUCGUAUUUCCCUCCAUCCUAACUAGUCUCCCAGUCCCUGCCACUGAAAAACAUCCCCACAGCAUGAUGCUGGCACCACCAUGCUUCAUAUUGGUUUCAUCAGACCAGAGACUCUUGUUCCUCAUGGUCUGAGAGUCCUUUAGGUGCCUUUUGGCAAACUCCAAGCGGGCUGUCAUGUGCCUUUUACUGAGGAGUGGCUUCCGUCUGGCCACUCUACCAUAAAGGCCUGAUUGGUGGGAGGUCCUGGAAGGUUCUCCCAUCUCCACAGAGGAACUCUGGAGCUCUGUCAGCGUGACCAUCGGGUUUUUGGUCACCUCCCUGACCAAGGCCCUUCUCCCCCGAUUGCUCUGUUUGGCCGGGCGGCCAGCUCUAGGAAGAGUCUUGGCGGUUCCAAACUUCUUCCAUUUAAGAAUGAUGGAGGCCACUGUGUUCUUGGGGACCUUCAAUGGUGGAAAACGUUUUUGGUACCCUUCCCCAGAUCUGUGCCUCGACACAAUCCUGUCUCAGAGCUCUACGGACAAUUCCUUCGAUCUCAUGGCUUGGUUUUUACUCUGACAUGCACUGUCAACUGUGGGACCUUAUAUAGACCGGUGUGUGCCUUUCCAAAUCAUGUCCAAUCAAUUGAAUUUACCACAGGUGGACUCCAAUCAAGUUGUAGAAACAUCUGAAGGAUGAUCAAUGGAAACAGGAUGCACCUGACCUCAAUUUCGAGUCUCAUAGCAAAGGGUCUGAAUACUUAUGUAAAUAAGUUAUUUCUGUUUUUUCGCUUUGUCAUUAUGGGGUGUUGUGUGUGUGUGUGUAGAUUGAGGAUUUUUAUUUAUUUUAUCCAUUUUAUAAUAAGGCUGUAAUGUAACAAAGUGGAAAAAGUAAAGGGGUCUGAAUACUUUCCGUGUGUGUCCUCUGUAGCUCAGCUGGUAGAGCACGGCGCUUGUAACGCCAAGGUAGUGGGUUCGAUCCCCGGGACCACCCAUACACAAAAAUGUAUGCACGCAUGACUGUAAGUCGCUUUGGAUAAAAGCGUCUGCUAAAUGGCAUAUUAUAUUAUUAUUUAUUAUUAUUAUUAUUAUUAUUAUUAUAUAUACAUACAUACGUACAUACAUACAUACUACCGUUGAAAAGUUUGGGGUCACUUAGAAAUGUCCUUGUUUUCCAUGAAAACAUACAUGAAAUGAGUUUGAAUAGGAAAUAUAGCAAAAUGCAUAGGAAAUGUAGUCAUUGACAAGGUUAGAAAUAAUGAUUUUUAAUAUAAAUAAUAAUUGUGUCCUUCAAACUUUUUGCUUUUGUCAAAGAAUCCUCCGCAGCAAUUACAGCCUUGCAGACCUUCGGCAUUCUAGUUGUCAAUUUGUUGAGGUAAUCUGAAGUGAUUUCACCCCAUGCUUCCUGAAGCACCUCCCACACGUUGGAUUGGCUUGAUGGGCACUUCUUAUAUACCAUACGGUCAAGCUGCUCCCACAACAGCUCAAUAGGGUUGAGAUCCGGUGACUGUGCUGGCCACUCCAUUAUAGACAGAAUACCAGCUGACUUCUUCUUCCCUAAAUAGUUAUUGCAUAGUUUGGAGCUGUGCUUUGGGUCAUUGUCCUGUUGUAGGAGGAAAUUGGCUCCAAUCAAGCGCCGUCCACAGGGUAUGGCAUGGCGUUGCAAAAUGGAGUAAUAGCCUUCCCUCUUCAAGAUCCCUAUUACCCUGUACAAGCCUCCACCAUGCUUGGCAGAUGGCAUCAAGCACUCCGCCAGCAUCUUUUCAUUUGGUCUGCGUCUCACAAAUGUUCUUCUUUGUGAUCCGAACACCUCAAACUUCGAUUUGUCUGUCCAUCACACUUUUUUCCAAUCUUCCUCUGUCCAGUGUCUGUGUUCUUUUGCCCAUCUUAAUCUUCUGAGAUAUGGCUUUUUCUUUGCAACUCUGCCUAGAAGGUCAGCAUCCCAGAGUCGCAUCUUCACUGUUGAUGUUGAGACUGGUGUUUUGCGGGUACUAUUUUAUGAAGCUGCCAGUUGAGGACCUGUGAGGCGCCUGUUUCUCAAACUAGACACUCUAAUGUAUUUGUCCUCUUGCUCAGUUGUGCACCGGGGCCUCCCACUCCUCUUUCUAUUCUGGUUAGAGCCACUUUGCACUGUUCUGUGAAGGGAGUAGUACACAGCGUUGUACGAUAUCUUCAGUUUCUUGGCAAUUUCUCGCAUGGAAUAGCCUUCAUUUCUCAGAACAUGAAUAGACUGACGCGUUUCAGAAGAAAGUUAUUUGUUUCUGGCCAUUUUGAUCCUGUAAUCGAACCCACAAUUGCUGAUGCUCCAGAUACUCAACUAGUCUCAAGAAGGCCAGUUUUAUUGCUUCUUUAAUCAGCACAACCAUUUUCAGUUGUGCUAACAUAGUUACAAAAUGGUUUUCUAAUGAUCAAUUAGCCUUUAAAAUGAUAAACUUGGAUUAGCAAACCCAAUGUGCCAUUGGAACACAGGACUGAUGGUUGCUGAUAAUGGGCCUCUGUACGCCUAUGUAGAUAUUCCAUAAAAAAUCAGCCGUUUCCAGCUACAAUAGCCAUUUACAACAUUAACGAUGUCUACACUGUAUUUCUGAUCAAUUUUAUGUUAUUUUAAUGGACAAAUAAAUUGCUUUUCUUUCGAAAACAAGGACAUUUCUAAGUGACCCCAAACUUUUGAACGGUAGUGGUGUUUAUGUAUAUUUUUAUAUAUAUAGUUGAAGUCUGAAGUUUACAUACACUUAGGUUUGUGUCAUUAAAACUCGUUUUUCAACCACUCCACACAUGUCUUGUUAACAAACUAUAGUUUUGGCAAGUUGGUUAAGACAUCUACUUUGCGCAAGACACAAGUAAUUUUUCCAACAAUUGUUUACAGACAGAUUAUUGCACUUAUAAUUCACUUUAUCACAAUUCCAGUGGGUCAGAAGUUUACGUACACUAAGGUGACUGUGCCUUUAAAAAGCUUCGAAAAUUCCAGAUAAUGAUGUCAUGGCUUUAGAAGCUUCUGAUAGGCUAAUUGACAUAAUUUGAGUCAAUUGGAGGUGUACCUGUGGAUGUAUUUCAAGGCCUACCUUCAAACUCAGUGCCUCUUUGCUUGACAUCAUGGGAAAAUCAAAAGAAAUCAGCCAAGACCUUAGAAAAUACAUUGUAGACCUCCACAAGUCUGGUUCAUCCAUUCAUAAAAAAGCCAGACUACGGUUUGCAACUGCACAUGUGGACAAAGAUUGUACUUUUUGGAGAAAUGUCCUCUGGUCUGAUGAAAUAAAAAUAGAACUGUUUUGCCAUAAUGACCAUCGUGUUUGGAGGAAAAAUGGGGGGCUUGCAAGCAGAAGAACAGCAUCCCAACCGUGAAGCACGGGGGUGGCAGCAUCAUGCUGUGGGGGUGCUUUGCUGCAGGAGGGACUGGUGCACUUCACAAAAUAGAUGGCAUCAUGAGGAAGGAAAAUUAUGUGGAAAUAUUGAAGCAACAUCUCAAGACAGCAGUCAGGUCUUCCAAAUGGACAAUGACCCCAAGCAUUCUUCCAAAGUUGUGGCAAAAUGGCUUAAGGACAACAAAGUCAAGGUAUUGGAGUGGCCAUCACAAAGCCCUGACCUCAAUCCUAUAGAACAUUUGUGGGCAGAACUGAAAAGGCGUGUGCGAGCAAGGAGGCCUACAAACCUGACUCAGUUACACCCGCUCUGUCAGGAGGAAUGGGCCAAAAUUCACCCAACUUAUUGUGGGAAACUUGUGGAAGGCUACCCAAAACGUUUGACCCAAGUUAAACAAUUUAAAGGCAAUGCUACCAAAUACUAAUUUAGUGUAUGUAAACUUCUGACCCACUGGGAAUGUGAUGAAAUAAAAAAUUAAAGCUGAAACAAAUCAUUCUCUCUACAAUUUAUUUUGACAUUUCACAUUCUUAAAAUAAAGUGGUGAUCCUAACUGACCUAAGACAGGGACUUUUUACUAGGAUUAAAAGUCAGGAAUUGUGAAAAACUGAGUUUAAAUGUAUUUGACUAAGUGUAUGUAAACUUCUGACUUUAACUGUAUAUAUAUUUAUACGCCCCCCUCCCAACCGAUUCAGUACAAAUAUGUGUACCGUUACACCCCUUGUAAUAACUGCAAUGAAUUUUACUCUAGGAUCCAGGAGCUGCAGCAGGACAUAACCAAACUGAAAUUAGACCUUGAAAGAUCUCAUGGCGGUAUCAAACACCUGCACAUACAGGUUGAAGAACGAGACAAGGAGAUUGUGCGUCUUAGUCGAGCACUUGAUGGAGGGCGUCCUCAUGAUGUCAUCUCCCUAGAGGCUCAGACCAUCAGCAAUGAGAAACUGAUUGCCCACCUUAACCUGCAGGUAAAAACCAAACCCUGACCCACUUCAACAAUGGGUAUUACCCACACAUUGAACUGAUCUCCACAACCUACCCUCAAACUGAAACUGACUACACAUAACUUACUUGUAUCUGUCGACACCAACAACCAUCAACCCAGGGUUUUUAAGAGUCCUUUGAGCACUUACCACACAUUGACCUCUCGGUGUCGUGUUCCCAGAUCGAGUACCUGCAGGAGACUAACAGGACUCUGGAGCAGAAGGUUCAGGGGUUGCAGCAGAGGAAGAAGGAUGCCUCCACUGAGGUGGCGGACCUCAGUGCCAAGAACCAGGAGCUGUGUCAGGAGCUCACCCACAUAGACCACCUGGCCAAGCAGCUGGAGAAGGACAAGGACCUGGUGUUGGAGACUGCUGACCUGGAACUACAGGAGGCCAAGGUGAGAAAGGAGGGAGACUAUAAAUGGGAACAGGAGAAAUGGGGGAAUUUUCAAUAUGAGUGAAAAAAAUUUGACAAGAAAUCUGUGGCCUGUUUUUCUCCACAGAAAGAAAUCCAAAAGCAACACAGAGACUUGGAAGAUGUAAUCACAAAGUUAAGAAGGGUAUUACUUUUUAUUUAUUGGUCUUUUAAAGGCUUCAAUCAAUCACAUUUUAUUUAUAAAGUCCUUUUUACAUCAUCAAAUGUCACAGUGCUAUACAGAAACCCAGCCUAAAACCCCAAACAGCAAGCAAUGCAGAUGUAGAAGGACGGUGGCUAGGAAAAACUCCCUAGAAAGGAAGAAACCUAGGAAGAAACCUAGAGAGGAACCAGGCUCUGAGGGGUGGCCAGUCAUCUUCUGGCUGUGCCAGGUGGAGAUCAUAACAGUACAUGGCCAUUAAAGGUCAGAUUUUUCUCCAAGAUGUUCAAACGUUCAUAGAUGACCAGCAGGAUCAAAUAAUAAUCACAGUGGUUGUAGAGGGUGCAACAGGUCAGUACAUCAUGAGUAAAUGUCACUUGGCUUUUCAUAGCCGGGCAUUUAGAGGUUGAAAUAGCAGGUGUGGUAGAGGGAGAGAGAGUUGAAAACAGCAGGUCUGGGACAAGGUAGCACGUCCAGUGAACAGGUCAGGGUUCCAUAGCCGCAGGCAGAAGAGUGGAAACUGGAGCAGCAGCACGACCAGGUGGACUGGGGACAGCAAGGAAUCAUCAGGCCAGGUAGUCCUGAGGCAUGGUCCUAGGGCUCAGGUCCUCCGGGAGGGGAAGGAGAGAGGGAGAAUUAGAGGGAGCAUACUUAAAUUCACACAGGACACCAGAUAAGACAGGAGAAUAACACCAGAUAUAACAGACUGACCCUAGCCCCCCAGCACACAGACUAUUGCAGCAUAGAUACUGGAGGCUGAGAUAGGGGGGUUCGGGAGACACUGUGUCCCCGUCCGACGAUACCCCCGGACAGGGCCAACUAGGCAGGAUAUAACCCCACCCACUUUGCCAAAGCACGGCCCCCACACCACCAGAGGGAUAUCAACAGACCACCAACCUACUAACCUGAGACAAGGCUGAGUAUAGCCCACGAAGAUCUCCUCCACUGCACGAGCCCGAGGGAGCGACAAAGGCUUGUAGCCUACACGUUCCUGUUGUAAAAACCUAACGUCUCAAUGACUAGAGAAUGUCUAUGUUACAGUACCACAUCCAUGUUUUACCAGAUAGUUGUUAAAGGUCAGCUUAAUCUGGGCAGCAUUUUACUCACUAUAUCAUAGCUGUGUCUGACUCCUCUGACUGGAUGUUUUAGGACCAGGCUGAGGGAGACUACGAGAAAGACCAUCUGAGGGACCAGCUGGGGGAGCUCAGGGAGCAGAAUGAGAAGAUGGAGGGACUGAUUAACUUCCUGGAGGAAGAGAAGAGGAGGCUUCAGGACAAACUAGAGAAAAUGACUGAUGCUGGUGAGUAGCAGUGUUUCUCUCCUGUCCCACUGGAACUUUGGGACUCAAAUGUCUCUCAUUGAUUAUAGUUGGCCUAAGCACGACUGACUCUCUGGUUGCUGUUCCUAGAUAAAGAGCUGGUGCUUGAGCUGGAGAGCAUGAGGUCUAAACACGGUGUGUGUGGGAAGGAACGCUCCCCAUCUCGCCUGGACGCAUUUGUCAGGAGCCUGGAAGAGGAGAGGGACUAUUACCGACAGGAGGCUGAGCGCUACCGCAGGGCCAGAGGACCAGGGCUCAUGGACCCCAGCCCCACCCGCAGCAGCCCAGGCAGGGGCAGGAGCCCCAGGGGGAGAGCAGGCUGGCAUGGCAGGGUGAGAGAGCCAGCCAGUCCACUAAUGCAAAGAAUACAUUAUGUUCUCAUUUACUGUAUAUACAUACAUAAACUCAUGGUACUACUGUAAGUCUUGUAUCCAUUAUUAUGUUUGCAUGUAUGUUAAAGGAUUUCUUUUUGUGUGUUAUUUAGGUGGACAAUGUUGAUUUGGAGCUCUCCCGGACAGUGAAGGAGAGAGAUGAGCUCCAGGCUGUACUGCUGGGUUUUGAGAGACACAUGGAAGACAUCCAAACCAACGUCAAGGCCCUUACUGCUGAGAGGGACCAGCUUAGUUUACAGUGCAAAAAGGUGAGACAGGCCCGUCCAGGACAUGGCAUAUCAAAUGAAAAAGACUGCUUCAGUGUAGUACCAAAUAUUGAAAGUCUAAACAUACCUAUCAACUCAGGUGUCAAAUACGCAUCUUACACCCUCAGUUGGAUCAGUAUUUGAAAGCAGCUACUAUCAGUCUAUGACAGGGGCACUCAAGUACCACUACUGUCCGGUCACACACACAUUUCCUAGGUGGCAAAGGUCUGGAUGGAUAUUAUCAUAUUAUUAUAAUAAUAUUAUUAUUUAUCGGCGUAGUAACGAACACCGACCUCGCGACCCCAAACUGUUCACACCCCUCUUGUUGGCGGAGAGAAAAUGUUGUUUUAAAGCUCAUUUCGUGCAAAUCUACACAUUUUGCCAUGGGUCGGAGAGAUAAUGUUGCCAUUUUAAAGCAAAUUUCCUGCAAUUCUGCACAUCUUACCAUGCCUUAUGUGCCAUGUCUUUUUUUAAAAUCAGGACCCGCAUUGACCCCUUUCUGAGUGCGGAUCUGGACCGCGGUCCACCUGUUGAGUAAGGCUGGUCUAUGACAUUGUGUACAUCUAUGUCUGUACUGUAGGUUCAGGAGGAGCUGAGGCAGGCCCGUAUAGGAUCAGAGCUGUCCACAGAGGUCCUGAGGCUGAAGGAGGAGAGGGAGCAGGCUGAUGCUGACCUACAAAGGAUCACCUCCGAGAGGGACACACUCAGAGAGAAACUAAAAGUUGCCCAGACCUGUGCUCUCACAGACCGAGAGGAAGAGAGGAGGAUCCUGAACCUGGAAAAAACCAUCAAGACUGUGAGACGGAUCACCUUCUCACCAAAUCAAAGCAAAAUGAUCCUGUUCAAGUUGAUCAUAUUACUUUUUGUAGAUCGAACACGUUACAAAGAUUUUACAACCAUGUCUGCCUCUGCCAUUAUUACCACCUCAGCUGAUCUUGCAUGCAUAUUGUACCAGGAGUAGAGUGAGUUAUGGUGUGUGUUUUGGUCCCCAGUUGGAGAGGGAACGUCUGGACCUGCGGUCCCAGGUGUCAGUGCUGAAGGAGGACAGGGUGGCUAUAGAGGAGGAGCUGAAGGUUCGGUCCACUGCCCUGGUCCACACUGCAGAGGAGACAGCCCAGCAGAGAGCCGAGUCCAGCGCACUACGGUACUGUCUGUCGUGUCCGUCUUUCUUUGUAUGGAUGUGAUGUCAUUAUGUCAUAUUCAUUUGUUAGUGAUGGGAAAUGGCUCAUUCCCGCUCUAUGUUUAGGCUGUUGCAGGAGCAGAUGGAACAGUCUCUGUUUGACACACAGCACAGGCUCUCUGUGAAGACCAACGAGCUUCAUGCUGCCCACAAGCAGAUGGAGAAACUGGAGGAGAAAAUAGGUGAGGGUUUGUGGAUGCAGGGUUUAGAUAUCUUACACACAGUUUCCCUUUGUUUAUUCAGAGAUGUUCUGUUUUUUUUGUUUUUUUUUCAGCUGAGCUGAGUCGCCAUGGCUCCACCCAGAGAGACGGAGUUACUGUGCUCCAGAAGACUAUCUCUGCUCUGGACAAGGAGAAGGAUACUCUGCAGGAUGACGUGGACCAGAAGACUGAGAGCCUGGCCCUGCUGCAGGACGAGCUAUUCAGGAGGGUAGGGCACUAGAUACCAGUGACUGGCCUGUUCGUGUUAGAGGGACUAGAACUAUAGGAGUAGGCAGUCAUGCAGAGAGCAAGCACUGUUCUCUCUCAUUCUGCAGGAGAAGACCCUGGAGGAAGUUAGACUUACUGUUAAAGACAUGGAGAACUCCCUAGAGUAAGUGUACUCUUCUCUUGUGUUUUGAGUUGUAUGUGCAUUUGUGUGAGAGGCAUGUCUACCGAAUAUGUGUGAGUGGAUCAGUGAUAUUGUGUUGUACCUGCAGUCAGCUGAAGGGGGCACUGAGCAGCCGUGAGCGGGAGAUAGCCAGUCUACGCAGACAACUUGAAUCUGCCCAGGAGGAGCUGUCUGGAGUGGGGAGAGACCGAGAGAUCGCCCUGAGAGAGAACCGGAGACUACAGGAUGACCUAGCCACUAUGACCAGGGAGAACCAGGUACAGAGCACAGUUGGAUAACAAAGAGCUUUUGUGAACAGAACAAACUAGAUUGGUUUAAUUUCUGUCACCCACAAUAGACGUAUCUAACUUGGGGGCACAUUUACCCUACACGUUCUUUAUUUAAUUGGGAUGCAAACAUUUCAUACACACUCUGUUUUCAUGGGUCUCAUUUGCACGUGUUUUGUGUCCAGGCUGUGCAUGCUGAGAUGGAGGAGGCCUUGCAUGAGAAAGACGAGCUGAAGAUGAGAGUUCACUCCUACAUCUCAGAAGUGGCCAGGAUAGAGAAUAUGAUGCUUGCAAAGGUAAGAGUGGUAACACUACACAGCAGUAGUAAAUUCACACUAGAUGUUUCCCUCAAAAGGAUUGUAUUCUAGUGUAGAUAUUACAAUUUGAUUAUUACAGUUGAAGUUGGAAGUUUACAAUAAACCUUAGCCAAAUAUAUUUAAACUCAGUUUUUCACAAUUCCUGACAUUUAAUCCUAGUAAAGAAUUUGUUUUAGUUCAGUUAGGAUCACCACUUUAUUUUAAGAAUGUGAAAUGUCAUAAUAAUAGUAGACAGAAUGAUUUAUUUCACCUUUUAUUUAUUUUAUCACAUUCCCAGUGGGUCAGAAGUUUACAUACUCAAUUAGUAUUUGGUAGCAUUGCCUUUAAAUUGUUUAACUUGGGUCAAACGUUUCGGGUAGCCUUCCACAAGCUUCCCACAAUAAGUUGGGGGAAUUUUGGCCCAUUCCUCCUGACAGAGCUGGUGUAACUGAGUCAGGUUUGUAGGCCUCCUUGCUCACACACACUUUUUCAGUUCUGCCCACAAAUUUUCUAUAGGAUUGAGGUCAGGGCUUUGUGAUGGCCACUCCAAUACCUUGACUUUGUUGUCCUUAAGCCAUUUUGCCACAACUUUGGAAGUAUGCUUGGGGUCAUUGUCCAUUUGGAAGACCCAUUUGCGACCAAGCUUUAACUUCCUGACUGAUGUCUUGAGAUGUUGCUUCAAUAUAUCCACAUAAUUUUCCUUCCUCAUGAUGCCAUCUAUUUUGUGAAGUGCACCAGUCUCUCCUGCAGCAAAGCAACCCCACAGCAUGAUGCUGCCACCCCGUGCUUCACGGUUGGGAUGGUGUUCUUCGGCUUGCAAGCAAACCCCUUUUUCCUCCAAACAUAACGAUGGUCAUUAUGGCAAAACAGUUCUAUUUUUGUUUCAUCAGACCAGAGGACAUUUCUCCAAAAAGUACGAUCUUUGUCCACAUGUGCAGUUGCAAACCGUAGUCUGGCUUUUUCUAAUGGAGGUUUUGGAGCAGUGGCUUCUUCCUUGCUGAGUGGCCUUUCAGGUUAUGUCGAUAUAGGACUCGUUUUACUGUGGAUAUAGAUACUUUUGUACCUGUUUCCUCCAGCAUCUUCAAAAGUUACUUUGCUGUUGUUCUGGGAUUGAUUUGCACUUUUCGCACCAAAGUACGUUCAUCUCUAGGAGACAGAACGCGUCUCCUUCCUGAGCGGUAUGACGGCUGCGUGGUCCCAUAGUGUUUAUACUUGCAUACUAUUGUUUGUACAGAUUAACGUGGUACCUUCAGGCAUUUGGAAAUUGCUCCCAAGGAAGAACCAGACUUGUGGAGGUCUACAAUUUUUUUUCGGAGUUCUUGGCUGAUUUCUUUUGAUUUUCCCAUGAUGUCAAGCAAAGAGGCACUGAGUUUGAAGGUAGGCCUUGAAAUACAGCCACAGGUACACCUCCAAUUAACUCAAAUAAUGUCAAUUAGCCUAUCAGAAGCUUCUAAAGCCAUGACAUCAUUUUCUGGAAUUUUCCAAGCUGUUUAAGGCACAGUCAACUGGAAUUGUGAUACAGUGAAUUAUAAGUGAACAUUAAAUAAUCUGUCUGUAAACAAUUGUUGGAAAAAUUACUUGUGUCAUGCACAAAGUAGAUGUCCUAACCGACUUGCCAAAACUAUAGUUUGUUAACAAGAAAUUUGUGGAGUGGUUGAAAAACGAGUUUUAAUGACUCCAACCUAAGUGUAUGUAAACUUAAAACUUCAACUGUAUGUAUCUACUGGAAUUGAUAAUGGCUGUCUUUCCAGUGUUUAGCCAAGUACACAUCCUCCAGUUGCUAUGGAGUCCUUCCAAUAGUUUUAAACAGAUUAAGUAAUGUCUCCCAGGAGCAGGAGAACAGGGAGAUGCUGGAGCGGUUCCAGAUGGCCCAUGGUGAGUCAGAGGACCGGGAGCUGAAGCUGCAGCACGCUGAGGGCCUCAACAACUCCAUCCGCCUGGAGCUGCUCUCCUCAGACACGGAGAGACGACACCUCAGAGAGACUGUGGGACAUCAGGAGAGAGAGAUCCAGGAGGUGAGACUGUGGGGGCAAUGUGGGCGGAGAAAAAUGCUGUUGGCAAAGUGUUAAAUGGGGAGAGUUUAAGUUCUGUUUAAAAUGUCCAGUAACUUAUGUUGUCUGCGCUUGCCUGCCUCUACCCAAUACUGAAAUCACUUGCAUUGUUGCAAUUGGUGAUGAGGAUCCCUGUUCUGUCCCCACGUUACAGCACAUGAAUGCCCUGCAGGCGUAUGAAGCCAAGGUGUCGUCCCUGGCCCGGGGCAUGUCCCGGCUGGAGGAGGAGCUGCAGGCGGCCCGGGGGGAGAAGACUGUCCUGCUCUCUGACCUGGCCUCCGUCAGGGAGCUCUGUGUCAAACUGGACUCCAGCAAAGAGCUCAGCACCCGCCAGCUUACCUCCAAGAGCAUGGAGCUGGAGAGGGUGAGCAAACUCUGACUGCAUCCCAAUCCUCCACCCGUUUCACUUUUUUUCAGGACCCUGUCUUUCAAAGAUUAUUUGUAAAAAUCCAAAUAACUUCACAGAUCUUAAUUGUAAAGGGUUUAAACACUGUUUCCCAUGCUUGUUCAAUGAACCAUAAACAAUUAAUGAACAUGCACCUGUGGAACGGUCGUUAAGACACUAAUAGCUUACAGAAGGUAGGCAAUUAAGGUCACAGUUAUGUACAUUUAGGACACUAAAGAGGCCUUUCUACAGACUCAGAAAAACACCAAAAGAAAGAUGCCCAGGGUCCCUGCUCAUCUGCGUGAACGUGCCUUAGGCAUGCUGCAAGGAGGCAUGAGGACUGCAGAUGUGGCCAGGGCAAUAAAUUGCAAUGUCCGUACUGUGAGAUGCCUAAGACAGUGCUACAGGGAGACAGGACGGACAGCUGAUCAUCCUCGCAGUGGCAGACCACGUGUACAGGAUGGCAACAACAAUUGCCCGAGUUACACCAGAAAGCACAAUCCCUCCAUCAGUGCUCAGACUGUCCGCAAUAGGCUGAGAGAGGCUGGACUGAGGGCUUGUAGGCCUGUUGUAAGGCAGGUCCUCACCAGACAUCACCGGCAACAACGUCGCCUAUGGGCACAAACCCACCGUCGCUGGACCAGACAGGACUGGCAAAAAGUGCUCUUCACUGACGAGUCACGGUUUUGUCUCACCAGGGGUGAUGGUCAAAUUCGCGUUUAUCGUCGAAGGAAUGAGCGUUACACCGAGACCUGUACUCUGGAGCGGGAUCGAUUUGGAGGUGGAGGGUCCGUCAUGGUCUGGGGCGGUGUGUCACAGCAUCAUCGGACUGAGCUUGUUGUCAUUGCAGGCAAUCUCAACGCUGUGCGUUACAGGGAAGACAUCCUCCUCCCUCAUGUGGUACCCUUCCUGCAGGCUCAUCCUAACAUGACCCUCCAGCAUGACAAUGCCACCAGCCAUACUGCUCGUUCUGUGCAUGAUUUCCCGCAAGACAGGAAUGUCAGUGUUCUGCCAAGGCCAGCGACGAGCCGAAUCUCAAUCCCAUUGAGCACAUCUGGGACCUGUUGGAUCGGAGAGUGAGGGCUAGGGUCAUUCCCCCCAGAAAUGUCAGGGAACUUGCAGGUGCCUUGGUGGAAGAAUGGGGUAACAUCUCACAGCAAGAACUGGCAAAUCUGGUGCAGUCCAUGAGGAGGAGGUGCACUGCAGUACUUAUUGCAGCUGGUGGCCACACCAGAUACUGACUGUUACUUUUGAUUUUGACCCCCCAAUUGUUCAGGGACACAUUAUUCCAUUUUGGUUAGUCACAUGUCUGUGGAACUUGUUCAGUUUAUGUCUCAGUUGUUGAAUCUUGUUAUGUUCAUGCAAAUAUUUACACAUGUUAAGUUUGCUGAAGAUAAACGCAGUUGACAAUUAGAGGACGUUUCUUUUCUUGCUGAGUUUAUAAUCAAGAUAUCUCUCUGUCUUCUUGGCUUAUUUAGUUGUUUCAUGUUCUUUUACUUUAGAUUCCUAUCCAUUGUGAUUAUCUCAUUUGGGCAGACUAAGCAAGUGUGACAUAUAACUGAUCUCUAUGUUAUGUACACACACAGUUAAUAUACAGUACCAGUCAAAAGUUUGGACACACCUACUCAUUCAAGGGUUUUUCUUUAUUUUUACUAUUUUUGACAUUGUAGAAUAAUAGUGAAAACAUCAAAACAUGAAAAUAACACAUGGAAUCAUGUAGGAACCAAAAAAGUGUUAAACAAAUCAAAAUAUAUUUGAGAUUCUUCAAAUAGCCACCCUUUGCCUUGAUAUCAGCUUUGCACACUCUUGCCAUUCUCGCAAACAGUUUAAUGAGGAAUGCUUUUCCAACAGUCUUGAAGGAGUUCCCACAUGCUGAGCACUUGUUGGCUGCUUUUCCUUCACUCUGCCGUCCGACUCAUCCCAAACCAUCUCAAUUGGGUUGAGGUCGGGGGAUUGUGGAGGGCAGGUCAUCUGAUGCAGCACUAAAUCACUCUCCUUCUUGGUAAAAUAGCCUUUACACAGCCUGGAGGUGUGUUGGGUCAUUGUCCUGUUGAAGAAAAAAAAAUGAUAGUCCCACUAAGCCCAAACCAGAUGGGAUGGCGUAUCGCUGCAGAAUGUUGUGGUAGCCAUGCUGGUUAAGUGUGCCUUGAAUUCUAAAUGAAUCACCGACAGUGUCACCAGCAAAGCACCAUCACACCACAUCCUCCAUGCUUCACGGUGGGAACCCCACAUGCAGAGAUCAUCCGUUCACCUACUCUGCGUCUCACAAAGACACGGCGGCUGGAACCAAAAAUCUCAAAUUUGGACUCAUCAGACCAAAGGACAGAUUUCCACCGGUCUAAUGUUCAUUGCUCGUGUUUCUUUGCCCAAGCAAGUCUCUUCUUCUUAUUGGUGUCCUUUAGUAGUGGUUUCUUUGCAGCAAUUCGACCAUGAAGGCCUGAUUCACGCAGUCUCCUCUGAACAGUUGAUGUUGAGAUGUGUCUGUUACUUGAACUCUGUGAAGCAUUUAUUUGGGCUGCAAUUUCUGAGGUGCAGUUAACUCUAAUGAACUUAUCCUCUGCAGCAGAGGUAACUCUGGGUCUUCCUUUCCUGUGGCGUUCCUCAUGAGAGCCAGUUUCAUCAUAACGCUUGAUGGUUUUUGCAACUGCACUUGAAAUUUUCAAAGUUCUUGAAAUUUCCCGGAUUGACUGACCUUCAUGUUUUAAAGUAAUGAUGGACUGUGGUUACUCUUUGCUUAUUUGAGCUGUUCUUGCCAUAAUAUGGACUUGGUCUUUUACCAAAUACGGCUAUCUUCUGUAUACCCCCCCCUACCUUGUCACAACACAACUGAUUGAACGCAUUAAGAAGGAAAGAAAUUCCACAAAUUAACUUUUAACAAGGCACACCUGUUAAUUGAAAUGCAUUCCAGGUGACUACCUCAUGAAGCUGGUUAAGAGAAUGCCAAGAGUGUGCAAAGCUGUCAAGGCAAAGGGUGGCUAUUUGAAGAAUCUCAAAUAUAUUUUGAUUUGUUUAACACUUUUUGGUUACUACAUGAUUCCAUAUGUUCUCUUUCGUAGUUCUGAUGUCUUCACUAUUAUUCUACAAUGUAGAAAAUAGUAUAAAUAAAGAAAACCCUUGAAUGAGUAGGUGUGUCCAAUGUUUUGACUGGUACUAUAUCUAUCUCUCACACACACACACACACACACAAUGCAUGUACCAAUAAGUUGCGAUACAGGCCUUGCAGGAACCCUAGUUAUAACAAUAUGAUGUGCCCUGUCUGUGUAGCGUCGACUCCGCCCUUCAUUAUGUCUGUCUAUGGGCUUGUGCUGCUCUCGUAGGUGACAGGAGAGCUGGAGGAUGUGCGCUCGGAGGCAGAGCUGCUGAAGAAGCAGCUGGCCAGUGAGAGGCUGACUGUCCGUAACCUAGAGACACUUCUCUCCUCCAAUCGGCAGAAGGAGUUCCACACCCAUCUGAGCACCAGUGAGAGGGAGUCAGAGCUGAAGGUUCUGCGGGACAGACUCGCCCUAGCUGACAGCAAAACGUAAGAGAUGGUCCUAAAGAAUCCUCGAGCCAACAAAUGUACUUCUCCACAGACCCACUGAUUACACACAAUCUUGAGUCUUACUGAUUUAAUAAAGAUGAUUAACCGUGUGUGUAUUGUGUGUGCAGGGCAGGGCAUGCAAGGGAGGUUUCACUACUCCGAGGGAAAGUCUCUCAGCUGCAGACAGAGAUGGACGUGCUGAAGAGACAGCUGACCACUGAGCGCUUUGAGCGGUGAGCUGAAUGACUCUUUAUGUGCCCUGCUUAUCAGUCACCUACCUCAAUAAUCCAAAUUAAUGUUUGAGUGUAAUUGAAAAGGCUGUGGGCUGCUAUCUGUCCCUCAUGCCUUUGUUGUCUCUCUACCUCAGUGAGCGGGCUGUGCAGGAGAUGCGGAGGCAAGGUGUGUCUUUCUCCUCACUGCGGAGCUCCUCCCCCCUGAGCAGAUCUCUGAGUCCCCGUCCCCCCUCCCCGGAACGUUCCAUCCUGCGAACUCCAGAGCGCUCCACCGACCGGUCACCAGAGAAGUGAGUUACACUCACAAUACUACGUACGUCCUUGCACACACACACAUAUCACACCACUUCCUACUUUUACAUCCAUUAUUCUGCAAUCACUGCGAUAAUCUACCAUCUAUAAAACAGAGACUUUAAUGAUCACACUGAUUGUAUUCAAACCUGUAAUUGUGACUUCCCCUUUCCUCCACAGAAUCGUGAGCUUUAAGGAGUAGAGACACAGGACAGACAGGGAAAUGAAGGAGCUGGAGAAGUGAGUGAGAAGCCUGAAAGGGUAUCAGUUUGGACGCAUCACACAAACUAUUCACACACAACUUGGCAACUAUUAUGUGUCCAACAAAAUAGAGCUUCUAAUGGUCUAAAAUGUCAGCUUCCUCCUCCUUCCCUAUGAAGGAUGCAAUAACUUGGAUAAAAGUUGAAAUCAUGCCGUCCUCUCACCAAAGAUCAUUCCAGUGCUAAUAGUUUGAAGAAUGUGAUUGUCUAUAUUAUGUUUUUCCAUGAAGAAUAUCGACUAAUUGAGCUACUAAUAGUAUUGUCAAAUUGAAGUGUACCUUGAUGGAAGUACUGUACAUUUUCUGCUUUUACUUGGGACAUCCAUAGGCGAUUGGACUGAGAUACCUUUACCAAAUGUAUUUAUAAGAAUCUGAGCUUGGUUAGGACUUUGUUAUUAGACCACUGAUAGGAGAGUAGUUCAUUAGUUCAGCUUUUGUGUUCUGUGGUAUUUUUACGUGUUUAAUGUUACAUAUUAUUCCCAUUAUGCC